AUGGCGCAAGCAAAAAGUGGAAGACCUCGGGUCUACUUUGACAUCACAAUCAACGAUAGACCACAAGGCCGGAUAGUCUUUGAACUUUACAACGAUGUGGUACCAAAAACGGCCGAGAAUUUCCGUGCUCUGUGCACCGGUGAAAAGGGCAUGGGAAAGCAAGGCAAACCCCUCCAUUACAAAGGUGGGAUACACUGUGCACUGUUGGGUGAUUUUACGAGGUUCAAUGGAACUGGAGGCGAGUCCAUUUAUGGCGAGAAGUUUGACGACGAGAAUUUCGACCUGAAGCAUGACCGCCCUUUCCUCCUCUCUAUGGCCAAUUCCGGUCCUGGAACCAACGGUUCGCAAUUCUUCAUCACGACUGUCCCCACCCCUCACCUAGACGGUAAGCACGUUGUGUUUGGCGAAGUCAUCAACGGAAAGAACAUUGUGCGCACCAUCGAAAACCUCCCCUUACAGUCAGACAAACCGGUUGGUGGUGAUGUGGUGAUAGCCGACUGUGGCCAACUCGAAGGUGGGGCCUAUGAGACAGCUACCCAGAAGAUGGCAGAUCCGACCGGCGACCCGUACGAGGACUACCCAGACGACCAGGGCGAAGACUUGAAAGGGGAAGAAUACUACAAGAUCGCGCUGGACCUCAAGGAAUUCGGCAACAAGGCGUUCAAAGCUGGAGAUAUCGAGACAGGGAUUGAGAAGUAUCAGAAGGCCCUCAGAUACCUCAACGAAUAUCCGGCCGCCAACGACAACGACCCCAAGGAUCUCCAGAGCAAUAUGGACGCUUUGCGAUUCACCCUGCACAGCAAUUCGGCCCUUCUCGCCAACAAAGCCAAACGCUAUGAGGAGGCGCAGAAGUGGGCCGGGUUCGCCAUCGACUCCAUCCCGAAAGACGCCAAGGACACCGACAAGGCCAAGGUGUAUUUCCGGCGAGGACAAGCGCGAGUGGCCCUGAAGGACCUGGAGGAGGCACUCCGGGACUUUGAACAGGCCGCGAAACUGGCCCCCGAAGACGCCGCCAUCAAGACCGAGCUGGCCCGGACGAAGAAGACUCUGGCUGACAGCAUCAAGAAGGAGAAGGAGAGCUACAAGAAGUUCUUUACCGGCUGA